GCUAGAAAAGCCGGUGGCGGAGCAUCAUCAGGCCGCUGGCCCAAGUGACUACAUUUAUUUUGUUUUUAUUUAAAGUCUAACGUUUUUUUGUGAGGUGUAAUGGCUCUUUGAAAUGGCGCAAAAAGAUACGUUGUUACAUCUCUUCGCAGGGGGAUGUGGUGGAACUGUAGGUGCCAUCAUGACCUGUCCCCUGGAGGUGUUAAAAACCAGACUACAGUCAUCUGGCCUCACCCUCAGACCUAUUUUCCAGGUCCAUUUAGGCUCAUUCAAUGGUGCUGGCGUCAUUAGACCGGGACCUGUCACCCCUGGCUUACUACAGGUGUUACGGUCAAUUCUUGAGAAAGAGGGACCAAAAUCUCUCUUCAGAGGAUUGGGUCCAAAUCUGGUUGGUGUUGCACCCUCAAGGGCAAUCUAUUUUGCUGCUUAUUCGAAGUCAAAAGAGACUUUCAAUGGCUUCUUUGUGCCGAACAGUGCAGUCGUCCACAUCUCCUCAGCAGGGUUUGCAGCGUUCAUCACAAACUCCCUGAUGAAUCCCAUCUGGAUGGUCAAAACAAGAAUGCAGCUUGAGAGGAAGGAACGUGGGGAGAAGAAAAUGAACGCAUUACAAUGUGCACGGUAUGUGUACAAGACAGAGGGUAUACGAGGUUUUUACCGGGGCCUGACGGCGUCGUACGCCGGCAUCUCGGAGACCAUGAUCUGCUUCCUCAUUUAUGAGACGUUGAAGAAGUACCUAGCGCAGAGUCGAUUCACCACUCCUGCCACCGACACUGAAAAAGGGGCUUCAGAUUUCCUGGGCCUCAUGUUUGCAGCUGCAUUUGCCAAGGGUUGCGCCUCCUGCAUAGCUUAUCCACAUGAGGUCAUUCGGACGAGACUCCGAGAAGAGGGAAGCAAAUACAAGUACUUCUUUCAGACGGCGCGCCUUGUGGCGGUGGAAGAGGGCUACGCGGCUUUUUACAGAGGACUCAUUCCACAGCUUAUCAGACAGAUCCCCAACACAGCCAUAGUGCUGUCCACAUAUGAGCUCAUUGUCCAUCUGCUGGGUGAACCCUCCAAAUGAACCUGCACACAACAAGCACACAAAAAAUACUUUUGACCUGCAGCUAACGUGAACAGAAUAGAAUCCAUCGUGGAUGGGGAUUUUCUUUUGAAUUACCCAAAGACUUUAAAGAACUUUUUUAUUUUUAAGUUGAAUGCUUGUUAUUAUCGGAACUGUUUUGCUUGUUUGUGUGUUAUGUAAGUGGCGCAUAUUGCAUAGCUCUUUGUGUAUACUGUAUCAGUGUACAGAAAAGGUCCUCUGAAUAUACAAAUAGUACUUUAAGUUAACUAAAUUAUUCUUAUUAUAAGUAGCAGUGUUUUGUUGCAGUCCAUUGAAUUCUUUGGAUCUAGGAUAUGGUACAUGUCCAAGGGUUUUGGAGUUAAUCAUUGGUGGAUCCAGUUUUUAUGUUCUUGGAAGGAAUGGAAAUGAUACUGAGGGCAUAGAAUACCUUUUUUAGGAGCCGACAUGCUCACGUUGCAAUAUUUUGUAAUACUUUCCUGCUUCGUGACACCUGGUAGCAUUCUGGAGUUUGACCAAUUAAUUCCAUUCACCUCUUUGCUAGAAAUGUUUCAUCUGUUUACUGUACGUUAGGUUUUUCAACUUUUACAGAGAAGGAGGGCCUUGAUGCAUAUGCUACUACUGUUGGUUUAAUUAAAUUAUGAAAUUGUUUUAUUUUUUGUUUUUGUUUGAAAUGCAUAGUUGAAAUGAGUAACAUAAAUAAAUGCACCUUUUUAAAGUC